AUGCAGCAACUGGCGUUUUAUCGGUCCCCGCCGUCAACAUCGUCGGUGGGCGGUUCCUACACCCUGACCACUGCCAACGUCACCGCCAGCAGCAGUACCGCCUUUGCAGUCACCCUGAACGCUGCCGACAAACUCGCCGUCAAUGGCUUACUGAACAAGACUGGCACCACUGCUGUUGAUGCCACUACCUUCAACCUGGCCGCUGCUGCUUCCUGGGACGCCACCACUACAUCGAGUGCCGAUCUGACCGGCAAUGCCGUGACAGUAUCGAACGUCGCAGCCCCAACGAUUACGUCUGCCACCUACGACGUCACCACCCACAUCCUGACCGUCACAGGCACAGGCCUCGUCAGUACCCUCGGUGCCACCAAUGACAUUACCGUUACUGCCCUCACCAUCAAAGGCGAAGGCGCAGCAACACGUACCCUCAGUACCACCGGCAAUAUAUUGCUGCAGUGGAUGCUCUGUUGA